AUGUACCAACUCAACCUCUGGGCUGUGAAACUUCAUGCACAAGUUUCAAAGGCAGGACUAAAGGGUUUCAGAAUAAGCCUUCCCAAAGAGGAGGAGGAGGAGGAAGCCCGUACAGGCAGUACCCACCGCGCCAGGAGAGCCAGCCCGGAUCGCCCGCGGCGCCCUGCGCGGUCCGGAGGGGAGGGUCCUGGAGGAGGGGCGGCCCGAGCCCCAAUCUGGAAAUGCCAACUCCGCUUUGCGGCCGGGCCCCAGCCUAGAAGGAAACGGAAGUCUCUCCGUCUCCCUCAGGCGCACCCAGCAGCCCGCCCGUCGCCCGGAGGAGCCCCGAGCCGGGGAACCCGAGAGGCUAUUGAGGCCCAGAGAAGAAAAGUCCCUCCAUGGGAGAGAGAACAUGAGAGACUCCUAACUCUGGGAAACGAACAACAGGAAGCCAGCUGGUAUGUCACGGGGAUACUCAAGUAUCAUGAGAGGCCCACACAAGGAAAAACUGAGGCUGCCCCUUCUUCUCAACACCAACUUGUCAACCACAUGAGUGAGCCACCUUGGAAGAGGAUUCUUCAGACCCACACUUCCAAUGACUGCAACCUCUUGAAACCCAAAGCCAGGAACACCCAGCCAAAACACCAACUUGUCAACCACAUGAGUGAGCCACCUUGGAAGAGGAUUCUUCAGACCCACACUUCCAAUGACUGCAACCUCUUGAAACCCAAAGCCAGGAACACCCAGCCAAAACCCUCCUGAAUUCCUGUGUAUUGCUGUUUUAAAUAGCUAAAUUUUACUUACUUGUUUUUAUUUUUAUAUGUAAUUUCCACACCCAUUGUGAGACUCAAACUCAUGACCCUGAGAUCAAGAGUCAUAUGUUCCACCAACUGAGCCAGCCAGGUACCCCUUAAGUAGCUAAAUUUUAGGGCAAUUUGUUACCCAACAGUAAAUAACUAAUACAAGGGCUCUACACAAUCAGAGUCCUUCAUACCUCAAUGUCUUCAUCUCUUACUAUUCUUACCCCUUGUUCCUUUAGUUUUCCUGUCUCAGGGCCUUUGCACUUGCUGUUCACUCUGCCUGGAACACUUCCCCCAAAUAUAUCCAUGGCUUGUCCUUCAGCUCCUUCAAGUCUUUGCUUAAUUGUCACCUUCUCAAUAAGGCCCACCAUGACUACCAUAUUGAAAUUACAACUUCUCUCAUAACACUCUCAAUCUCCCUUCCCUGCUCUACCUCCCCGCCAUGGUAUCUAUUUGUAGCAUGCUAUAUGGUUAUUUUCUUUAUCGUGUUUGUUUCUUUUUAAAGAUUUUAUUUCUUUUUUUUAAGGAGUAUCCUUUUCCCUUUUUAAGAUUUUAUUUAUUUAUUUAUGAGAGAGACACAGAGAAA